AUGACGGCUGAUGACGUGUUAGCCGAACGACAAGUGACAAGUCGACUUGAUCUCUUAAAACGACAUCUGAACUAUACGGAUCUACUCGUGAUAUUCAUCUAUGUGCCAUCAAGGGCUUGCUGGUUAUUGACGUACGACUGGCGAGGAGGUGAUCUCUUAUGUCGCCUAGUGAAAAUGAUGCAUACAGUAGCGUUUCAG